UCUUCGCCCGAGCUCCGGAGGGGCGCGGGCGGAAAGUGAAACACCGCCGGCGGCCGUCCGCAGAGCCUGCGUCCUUCCCGGGCGAGAUUUUUUUGAUGCCUUCUGAUUUGAAGAAUGUCCAGCUGCUCUGAUGAUAGCUUAAGAAGACUACAUGCUGUUCCCUCUCGAUGCCCAGCCAGGCCCACUUGGAACCUUGGAUCUUAGUCCUUCAUGGAGACCAGGUCCCAGCAGGAAUGGCAGUGGAGGAAAUUAGCACCCAGAUGGUUUCUCUGCAUGAAGUUGUCUUCAGCUGUGGGCCGACUCAGGAACACCUGGUAGCCAGGUCAGCCCUCUGUCAGUCACCCAGGCCAGGGCAGCAUGGUGCGCAUCCAGAGGAGAUGGCUUUUGGCAUCUUGCCUGUGCCUCACAGCUGCUAUCUUUCUGCUUGUCACACUCCAGGUAGUGGUUGAGCUGGGAAAAUUUGAAAGGAAGAAGUUUAAAAAUUCCAUUUUGCAAGAUGGACAUGCAAAAAUGGAGGAAGAGCCUACACAUCUCUAUCCAUUCCCUAAGAAAGAAGCACUGACCCUGAAUAGGGGAACAAAAUUGGGAAGAGAUAGCUACCCCAUUAUGCUCUGGUGGUCCCCACUGACUGGGGAAACUGGAAGGCUCCGCCAGUGCGGGCCAGUUGCUUGUUUCUUCACCAUGAACCGGACCUACCUGCAUGAGCCCAUGACCAGGGCCCUCCUCUUCUAUGGUAAGAAGGCCUGUUGCCUUUCUCCCUGUGUUUGCCGACACCCUAUUCCAAAGCGGAGGUACUGCUCACCUCCCAAGGGAGACGUAGUGGAGCUCACCUUCAAAUGUUUUGGCAUGCCUGAUUUCCCUUGCUAUUGCUCUGUGGAAGGCCUGAGCUUUUGGCAAAUAGAAUAAAUAAA